AUGCCAUUUUUGGGUAAACUGUUCCAUAAAAAGCGCAAGCGUAAGCAUAGCACCUCUUCAGCUGAAGAAGCCAUCAAUAAUCUACGUGAUAUCGAGGCGUUGCUGUUGAAGAAACAGGAGCAUUACGAAGAAAAAAUAGCAGCGACAUCUCAGAACAAACCAAACGAAAAUACCGUGGUGAAAUUCCUAGCCAGAAUGCCUAUUUCCAUUUCGGAAUCUGUCGAAUCUGAAUAUUUUUUCUAUUUUUUUCAGGAAGUUGCGAAUGCGAAAAAACACGGAACAAAAAACAAAAAAUUAGCUUUGGCCGCACUGAAACGAAAAAAGCAUCAUGAGAGAGAGUUAUCAAGGAUUGACGGGGUCUUAAUAAAAAUCGAAGCACAGAGAACAGCACUUGAAGAUGCAGGUAUGAACAUGGAAGUGCUGGGUGUACUCUCUCAGACCACAAAUGCACUGCGAAUUGCAAAUCAAAAGUUUGAUCUCGAUAAGGUGGAAGAGUUAAUGGAUGAGAUUGGGGAAGGUCUCCAGUUGUCGGACGAAUUCUCAACAGCAAUAAGCCGACCUAUCGGUGACGUAGUCGAUGAGGACGAGUUGCUCGGCGAACUUGAGGAUCUCGAAAAGAAUGGUGCAGCUACCGUUGAGCUACCUGACGCGCCUGCUGGGCCAAUCACUCGAGCGCGGGCCAGUCGAGAGAAAGUUCGACGGUUGGACACCGAAAUGGAAGAGCUGGAAAAAUGGGCGGCCGCCAACUAA